AUGAAACUUGUUGAAUAUCUGGCGUGCAUCUGCUAUCUCCAGUGCUGCGCAAGAUAUACAAGUGGCAGCAAAUUUGAAUUAUGCAGUCAAGUACACAUCACCACGCCAGAGAAGCAGACCUUCGAAGUUUUCCACAUCCCGACAGCCAACUCGUCGAAUGGAUGCUGGUGUCACUUCGUGCCGCAAACUGAUGACGACCUGGAAAUAAAAAUUAUUGGAUUUCAAUCUCUGAGUUCCAACUGCAAAUCCAAGGUAACGUUUGAGAUGAAAGUUAAUAGGAAGAGUUCUAAGAGAAAACAUUGGUGGAUGCAAAAGUGUUUGCACGGGUGGAUCGAACCGAAAAUCGAAUUAGAAUUUGAAGAUGUAACUUUUGUAAAUAUAUCGUACAAAAACAACAUGCAAACCAGCAAAGACACCUUUCAAAUUUUUCUACAAUUUGAAACUGGAAAUGUCCAGAUGACUUGCAACAUUCCACAAAACAAUAUAAACAACAACAAUCCCGACAUCACUGCUUACGACGACAACUCCACGCAACCGAUCGAGGAUCUUCAAGAUAAUGAGGUCGUCGACAAUCAAAAGUUACAUGUGAGAGCCAUUGUUUCAGCCAUGGUUGCAAUGCUGAUUAUUCUUCUCCUGCUGACUUUGGGAGCAUUUUUACUAAGAAAACGGCGCCAGAACUUGAAAAACAACAAAAGUGACGCAUCAUUACAACGUCACAACGUUCAAGAAAUUGUUAACGUUAAGAAGACCGGCAUGUCGAAUUCUCAAAACAAGCAAGCAACGCCAUCGCCAAAUUUUAUGACACCAACUUCAAACAAGUUUACAAACGUCAGCGUCGAACUCAACGACAAGCAAUAUAUAACCAUGCACUCUCCUAGUAUUGAAAAAUCUGAAUAUGUCACUGAAGACAAUCCUAACGAUGAUCGUUACGCCUCAGUUGUUGAUACUAUCGCAUCCGAUAACUACUACUAA